ACGGGCCGCGACGGGAGACGGACCCUGCCGGCACGUGGCAGUCGUGCGCUCGGAGCUGUGGCAGCUGCGGGCUGCUCGCGGGCGGCGGUUGGCAGGACGCCGCGGCGAGGCUCGUGGCCGAGUGCGAGUCCAACCGCUGGGUCGUGGACGGGCUCCAGGCCAAGAUCGACGCGCUCCCAGACGGAUCCCCGCAGCUUCUGGCGGAGGUUGUGGCGAAUUCGACUGAGUUCCGGGAGCACCUUUGGGAGCGCUGCCCCUUCGUCCUGCGGGGUCCGCAGGGGGACCUUGCCGAGCUCACCUUGGGGUCGGCCCUCGAGAUGGCCAGCAGUGGGGAUUUGCGUAAGGGGGCCAGGAACACGUUCAUGGAUGCGAAUGUCAAAGAGGAGAAGCUGCAUUCAUUUCGUCUCGAUUACUCGGGCGCGGGGGACAAACUGGGCUCCGAGGACGUCCUCAAGAAGAUGAAGAAGGGCACCUGGGUGGUCAGCUCGGUGCACAGCCUUCAUCCUGCCGCAGGCAGAGUCACAUUGGCGUACCAGCACGCGUUUGGGUGGCCUACUUCGUCCAACAUGUAUGCCACUUUGUCUGGGUUUUCUACUUCCGCGCCAGCCCACACUGACCGGACGGAGUCGUUCAGGCUCCAGUGCAAUGGCGAAAAGCGUUGGCGCGUCUGGGCACCAAAGGUGCUUUACCCCGUCAGCGGAGUGCAUGAGGAUGGUCAAUGGGGCAAGGGCUACGCGCAAUUGCGGCCUGAGCAGAUGGGGCCACUCAUGAUAGACCAUAAUCUGCUGCCAGGGGAGGUUGGCGGAUACAUGCCUCGUGGUUUCGCGCACCACACCUCGACGCCCUCUCAGGGCCCGGCUGGGCGAGGUGUGGAGGAGCCUAGUGACGUUCUGAGGGACACCUCCGUCACGCUUGCCCUGACCAUAAUCACGGAGCAGUACGAGGAGAGGAAAGGCUGGUCUACGAGAAAGCGAUGCUCUGCGCGCUCGGGUCCGCUGGACUCUGCACGAAGGACAGCUGCGAGCUGGGGUCGCGCGUGAGCAUCCUGGCCCGGACGAAGAGCUCAGGAGGUCCCUUCCCUUGGGCUUCCUGCAAGCGCAGCUCGGGACGCCUGCGGGAGAUCGAGAUGCGUGGCUUCGCGCGAUGAGGUCCACUUUGCAGAGGCUCUUCAGCAAGAUCGAGGCAGGGAACUUCCAAAAGAUGGCCUCGUCUUGCGCCACGCACUGUGAGAAGUUGACAUCCCGCCCUCAGCGGCAGACCCGCGGGGAUCGGCGGAAGUGGAACUGCGCGACUCCGCCAGCGGAAGCGGAAGUUGCCCCCCCC